CAUCUACACAAGCUUUGUGUUCUACCUGUGUGCACAUCUAUAACUGAACGAUUAUCCAUUUAGUAAAAUAUUAUCAAGAUGUUGCCAGAGAUACUCGCCAUAUGCGUAACCAUGGUURUUCURAUUUAUAUCGUCUAUCGGGUUCGCACUGCAUUUCCUGGUCUUCCCCCAGGUCCAACGCGAUAUCCGCUGGUAGGAAGUCUUCCAAGUCUAAUGCUCUCGUCCCUUCAAAACCACAAGGCACUGACAGAGAUGGCAAAAACAUACGGUGAUGUUUUYACUAUGYAYCUUCCCUCUGGGAAGGGCUGCAAGCCAAAUAUUAUCAUAAACUCGUUUGCAGCGGCCCGCGAAGCACUUGURGUUCAGAAAGAUGCCUUYUCUGGUAGACCAAGUCUAUUUACGACAAAUUUGGUCUCCCAUGGAGGUAGRGGAUUUGGCUUUAGCGAUUUCACUUCCACUCUUGUGCUUACGCGUAAAAUCGUCCAUUCUGCUUUGCGUCUUUAUCAGCCACACCUYGAAGAGAAAAUUCUUGAAGAGGUACAUGAGAUUGUAACACGAAUUGGUUCCCAUAAGGGCCAACCAUUUGAUCCCAAGAUGGAUUUCUUUCUGUCUGUAUCCAAUGUYAUUUAYGCCAUCAUGUAUGGAAGACGUUUUGACUUARAUGAUAAGGAAUUCAUAGACAGUGUCAAGCUGUCAGAUUCAUCAAGCAAGUUCUUGUCAUCACUGAACAUGUACAACUUCUUYCCYUGGUUGAUCUAUUUGCCUCUUCCGGACACCAAAUUGCUGUACAAAGUUUUAGAAAAUCGCGCCAUAAUCCGAGACUCUCGUUAUUUYGAGGCAAAGAAAACAUUCCAGGAAAAUACUAUACGCCAUCUUGUUGACGCUCUUCUCCAAGCGAAACUGGACGAUGAAAGAUUGAACGUCAGCUCACGAAAAGUUAAAGUCGAUGAUCUUGACCUUGUUGCCGCGACAGGCUCCUUAUUUUCCGGUGGAACCGAUACAACCGCUACUACUCUGCGAUGGUUGAUAGCAUACUUACUAAACUAUCCCAAAGUCCAGGAAAAUAUUUACCGUGAAAUAGAGAAUGUAUUUGGAAAAGAGCCCAUUCAAAUCGAUAAGCGAAAGUGUUGUGAUUAUUUACAAGCCACUUUAACAGARGUUUUGCGUAUCGCAAGCGUUGCGCCCAUCUUUGUGCACAAAACCACGCGUGACACUACCCUAUCUGGGUACACGAUCCCUAARGACACAACAGUUCUUUUGAAUAUCUGGGCAAUCAACCACGAUGAGCGAAAAUGGAAAAAUCCCUAUCAGUUYAACCCAGAAAGAUUUCUGGACUCAGAUGGCAACUUUACUGGUACAAUGAAGAUGAGCUACAUACCUUUUGGCGCGGGAAGAAGAGUUUGUAUCGGYGAGUCUGUGGCGAAGGAGCAAUUGUUCCUAGUGUCUGCUACACUACUGCAGAAGUUUAAGUUCGAGACACCCCCAGAUUGUUCUCCCCCUGACGUGAAUGACGGGAUUCAAGGAAUCAUUUAUGAACCAAAACCCUACAAAGUGAUUGCAAGGCAACGUUAACAUGACUUUUGAGAUAAAUAACAUUUAAUAUACUACGGUUUCUGUCUUUGGCGCAAUGCAUGAUAGGAAGGAGGAAAAAAGAGAAGUGUUUUCUCUCAACCUUUCCCUUGAUGCAUUGCACGCGAGAGAGGACUGGGGAAGAGUCAGAUUUAUACGUAGCGUCCAUUAUUUAUAUAAUUAUUUAAUGAAGUGCAAAAAAUGACCUUGAUGAUUAGCAUCGAUUCCCGACUCAAAAUUGCGAGAUAUUAUAUAUUCUUAUUUGGCUCCGUGGAAAAAAUAAAUGAAUCACCUUGUGAUCUUGAGCCAGUAUUCUUAAAUUAGCCCUAAGUCUUAAUAUCGAAUGAAUCAUACAUAUUACAUAUAUAUUUAUGUCUGGAAUAUGGUAAAGAUUUUUAACUUUUUAAAUACAAGUUUUUCAUAUUUGAAAUGAAGUUUGAUAUCUAAUAUUUUUUCUAGCAUAUCACAGUAUUCAAAAAAAUCACUCCMAGGGCAAUAUCCCUUCCCAAGCGACAGAGGACUGUUUACAUUCCCCUUGCAAUGCAUUAUCUGAUUGCUCCACAAAUUUUGCAGUCAUUUGCGUGUUCACUCUCCUUCGGACACCAUCWUUGUAGCUUAUGAGGGGGCUUACUACUUGACAUUAUCUACAAUGUGUAUCUAAAUGCAGGAUAUSAA